UAAAGGCUCCAUAAUACACAUACAAGUACACAAGUGUAUAUAUAUAGGUAUCAAUAUCAAUUACUCUUGUGAAGUUAUUUAAUUCUGUCUACAUCCAAUCUGGAGAGUGAGGUAGGAAUCCAAGAGAAAAAGAUGGGAAGAAGCCCUUGUUGUUCAAAAGAGGGUUUGAAUAGAGGUGCUUGGACUGCUCAUGAAGACAAAAUCCUCACUGAAUACAUUACUCUUCAUGGUGAAGGAAAAUGGAGAAACCUUCCCAAAAGAGCAGGUUUGAGAAGAUGUGGAAAAAGUUGUAGACUUAGAUGGUUGAAUUAUCUCAGACCUGAUAUUAAGAGAGGCAAUAUAUCCUCAGAUGAAGAAGAGCUUAUCAUUAGGCUUCACAAACUAUUAGGAAACAGAUGGUCUCUAAUAGCAGGAAGACUCCCAGGGCGAACAGACAAUGAAAUAAAGAAUUAUUGGAACACAAAUUUAGGAAAAAAAGUUAAAGAUAUCCAUAAACAACACACCAACAUGACUUCUUCUUCUACAAGCCACUCUGCUGCACCAAAUCCUAAGAUCACACAAAAACACAAGAAUCUUAAGCAACAAAAUUUUCCCUCAUUAUUACCAUCUCCUCCUAAGCCAAAUUCACAUGUUGUCCGUACAAAAGCUACCAAGUGCUCUAAGGUAGUAUUCAAGAACUCACUCCCUCAAUCAUCAACAAUGCAAAUGCAGAACAAUUCUGAGGCAGAGGCAGAAACAGAGCCGUCGACACGUGUCGAUGCUGCUAAUGAGUUUUUAUCAUUUUCUGGUGAAGAAAAAGAAGUUUCUGAAGAUUUGCUAGUUGAUUUUAACAUGGGGAAUGAUAAUGGCUUAUCUGAAUUUCUUAACUCAGAUUUAUCAAAUAUGUGCAAUUUUAGUUACAAUGAGUUGUUGUUAUCACCUUGUUCGGACCAACCUCCUAUGUUAUCUGAUGAAAUUCUCAAGAACUGGACACAAUGCUGCUUUAAUGAUGAAACAAAUGUGUCCAACAACUUUCACUCUUUCAAUUCCUUUCUUGAUUCGAGUGAGGAAGUACUAGGAGAAUGAAUCAUAAUUGCUAGAAUAGCAUUUCCUUCUUAAUUCAGAUACAUACAUUAUGUACUCAAUAAAAUUAAUAAUCACUCUAGUUUUUUUUUUUUUUUUAAUUAAAAAUUUCAUGUUACUGUUCUUUAAUAAUAUUACAUAGUUUAAUAGCUCCUAAUGUAACAUGUAUUUGGUUUAGCAGUCCACAACAAAUAGUGGAAACAAAAAAAUUUAUAUAAACAGCAUGAUCGUCUCAAGUA